AUGUUAUUAGACGAACUCAUUGAAUCCUAUGGUUUCGAUUUCAUUACUUCUGAAGUCUCUUGUCCCAAAGGAUGUAAAACUUCAUGGAAAGUUAGUGAUAUCAGAUGGAUUCUAACUUUCUAUGAAAGAACAUGUUGCUAUCUCAAAGUUAAACAAACACCAUUUGCAAGUACAGUUAAACAUACAGACAGUUCUAGAGCAAAAGAAUUCCAAACAGUGGCAGCUCAAAAAGGUUUUGUGAUUCCCACCAUACCACAAUCUAUUACCACUAAAGGUGUUGUCGCUAACAAGUCGAUAUGUCGUCAUUGCGAUCAGGAAGAGAAAGAGUUGGUAAACACUUUUGAUACCGCCUCUAUAGCAAGAUAA